AUGUGCAGGAGUGGAAUUAGAAUUACCGGAGAGAAGAGGACGAAGAAGGGCUUGUGUAGUAAAUCCAAGUGUUCAUCCUCAGCGGAGCGGUGUUGCUUGCUAAGCUUUGUUCGUUUGCUGCAGGUCACGAUGACAAACAUGCCUGCUGGGGAGGAAAGAAAGCUCUCAAAUCAAGAUAUACAGUUGGUGCAAAAUCGUAUUGAACAGUGUCUCCAGCAUUACAUGAGCAAGAAGGAUGUAAUAAACUCACUUCUUGUUCAGGACAACAUUCAACCAGGUUUUACUGAGCUGGUUUGGCAGAGGCUUGAAGAAGAAAAUCAAGAGUUUUUCAAGGCUUAUUAUCUCAAGUUGUUGGUAAAGGACCAGAUAAUGGAAUUCAACCGGUUGCUUUCGGAGCAGGUUGAGCUUAUGCAUCGAAUUGGAUUAAGUGGGAUUGGUCCUGUGCUCCCGUCUAACGGAUCUCAUGUUUCACCUUCACAGCGUGUCCCGUCAACCAGUAACGCGAGGCCAGUAAAACUAAAUGAAAUGCAGCCAGUGAAAGUGUUGAACGAUGUGGGGCCCAUGGUUGGAGGAUGCAUGGAGGGACCCAUCCCCAUCGGGCCACCUUCUCAAAGCAUGUUCUUGCCGCAAAACGCAAACCUGGGACUGGAUCAGUCGACGACGAUGAACGGGAAGAUUGUGAAGACGGAGGGUGGUGGUUAUGGUGGGGUUUCACAGCCUUUUGAUUUUGGUCCGAACAGGAAUUAUGUGGAGAUGCGUCCUAACAUGAUGGCCGAUCCAUCUGUCUCGUCUUUCAGCAGUGUGGAUUCCAAUGCUCAGCACAUAAAUGAGAAUACGCUAUUGGACAGCGGGGAUGCUUCUUCUUUUGGAUUCUUGGCGCAAUUUCAGCAGAAUAUGAGUCUUCCUGAGUUUGGAUCUGAUUUUCCCGAGUCUGAUAGUACUGCUUACGGAACCUUAAGGUCUCAACAUAGUUUUGUUACGAGAAUGUGA